GCGAACGAGGCCAGGCGCUGGAGCAGGAGGACGAAGAAGAGCCCAACGCUCGCUCGUCCACGUCUCCGACGGAUUCCGCCUCGGACCUCGCUUGUGGCCGAUUCGGGCAUGCGCAAUCGAUCGAUCGCCCCCUUCGCGCUGCAGCAGCCCUCCACUCCAUCGCCGAUCGCUGCCCGGUCCGAGUUCUCAUGCUCGUGCUGCGCUCGAGCUCGUUGUCCCAAGACACUAUGAAGCAAUUGGCAUACUGCUAGCUGCCGCUUAAGACCUGAGUUAUCCAAGUGGCGGAAUCUUCCUGGCUGGCUAUGAUAACACACGACCGGUCAGCAGGAGGAGCAUCACACCAACAUUGGACCCCCGAUUUUUUGUCUAGUAAGUCCACGUGAGAACCGCGAAGGAGGAACCUAGUCUGAACGUCUGCGGAGACACACGCAAGGACUUAGCCAUGAGUGCUGCCGCUCGUUUGUUGAGUAGGCGAAGCACGUUGCACUUACAGCAAUAUCGCAACUCAUUAACACUUCUGAAUCCUUAUACGGUUAGCCCGUUACAAACCAGCAAUACUUUACCAAAGUCCGUUGGGAGGAACCGAAUAUUUUCUGCUCUUGCCGAUGGGGAUCCAGAAAAACCUCCUUCAAAACGGAGGUUUCUAAAAUUCGCUGCAGCAGGUGCUGCGGUUAUUGUCCUAUCAGCAGCAGCUUGGUAUACUACACGGGAUCAGUAUCCACAAGUGCAGCACGUCGGUUUACCUCUACCGCAACUUUGGAAUGGAAGCCCUCUGGAAGAGAAAACCACGAACAAGAGCGUGGACAGACCUUUGACUGUUGAUCGUGAGAGCGACAAGGUUCAAGAAGAUGAACAACAAGCAGGUACUAUUGAGCUCGAGGUCAACGCUGGACAGCUGAAAGAGGAGGUCGCUAAGGAUCUUAGUGAGGACAUCAUACUGAGCACAGAGAGCGACAGUGACCAAACUGAACGCGAUGUGGACAGUACAAUUCAAAUUCAGCAGUCACCGGCGGAAUUUGGUUCGAUUAUGCUUGAAAAGGAACUUGUUGCUAGUCCCGCAGAGGAACCUAAAGCUUCAGAGCAAGUAGAAGAGGAAAAACCUAGGACACCGGAGGCACAGGGGGAUGCUGCUGAGGCUCUUUUGAUGGUCGAAGGAAACCAUGUGGAGAAAGAACGAGACGAAGUUAGUGAUGUUAAAGAUCAACAUCCAAUUGUACAAGUCCAAGUUCCCGAAGACAUGGAGGCGAUAAGAAAUAAACUAAGAGAUGGAAAUCCAGAUAUGUUCUUCUCAGAGGAUGACCAUAGGGUGGUUGAAAACAGCACGAGGGAAGAUUCCAGUGUCGAAGGAACGCCUCGCUCACAGGAAGAGCCACUUUUAGAGGAGGUAAUGGAAAGUGGCAGUCAUGUACAUGGGGCUAACGAGAGUGUCCCUAGCCGCGUAAUUGCGUCUUACGUUGUACAAAAAGGGCUCGAUGAACAUAUCGACAGAUACCCAGAGAGCAGGGAUGAGAAAGCUUCUCAAGACUUAGAUGUUCCUGAAAAUCCUAUAGAGGAGAAGGAGAUGAGCGCAGAAGAGGAAAAGGCAGCAGAAAUGGCUAAGGUAGUUGGAGUCGAUGUUCUUCUCGGAGCGAUUCACACUGCCGAGCAAAUGCAAGCAGAGAGAGAUAGCCUUGUCUUCCAGGAACAGCUAGAAAAAAUACAGGAGGCUCACAAGUCCGAAGUGAAAGACAUUCAGGCUAAGGUUUUCGCCUAUGCUCAAGACAGAGAUCGGCUUGAGAAGGAGCUGAAGAAAGAGAAGGAACUUGCAGAGGCUGAGUUGAAAGCACAACUUCACGAAGCGGAAGAAAAGCUUGAAAGUCAGUUGAAGCGUAAGGAAGAGGAAGCUAGCAAGGAAAAAGAAAAGUUGGAGGUUGUAGGGAAGGCACAAACUGCGGCAGCUGUGGCACGAGAGAAAGCUGAUCAUCUCGAAAAUAUACAUGCCAUGCAGUUACAAGUGAACGCCUUGCGCACUGCAUUUUAUGCCCACUCUGAAGAGGCGCGUAUCAGUCACACUGCCCAUAAACUUGCCAUGGGAGCUUUUGCAUUAGAAGAUGCUGUUGAGAAAGGUAAACCUGUGGAGAAAGAGGCAGAACUUUUAGUUGCUUCCGUGGGAGGACCAGGCGGUGAUCCUUUGGUUGACGCAGUUGUCUCUUCUCUUCCUACUGAAGCCUUGACAGCAGGUUCAAGUACUCGAGCUCAGCUGCAUAGCUCGUUUACAAAGAUGAAAGGUCCUUUGAGGGAACUUGUUCUUAUGCCAGCUGGUGGAGGUGGUGUUUUUGCUCACUUACUUGCAAAAGUAACGGCUAAGUUGAAGAUUACAGAACAAGGCUCGGAGAACGUGGGUGACGAAGGUUUUGAGGUGGUUAUUAGCAAGGUCGAAAGAUACCUGUCAGAAGGAAAGCUUACUGAAGCUGCUACUGUACUUGAAAGAGCAGCAGUAGGAACGGCAGCUGAACGUUUGGCAACGGAGUGGGCAAGGCAAGCUCGAAAUCGAGCAAUUAUUGAGCAGGGACUUCAAGUGUUCCAAGCUCAUGUCAUUGCAAUUGCUUCAGGUUUGUCUUGAUAAUGACUCAUGUAAGAGACUCGAAAGGUCUUUCUACCUGUCAAUGCACUCGUCGGAACCCUCGUCUGCUCACCUAAGUGUCAGAUACAGAUUCCAGAGACAUAUUUUUCUCCACCCGUUUUGUGGUGGAAGACAUAGGCAAGAGUUGAAAUUUCAUUUCGGUUCAAUCGGACAGAUUGUCGACGGAUUGUAUUGAGUCCAGUUACACCAACUUACACGCCGUCGCACACACUUUUCUCUCGAGUAGCAAUUGUGAGAUCACGGUCACCUGUCGCGUUACCAGUCUUAUAUGUAUGGGUGGAAUAGUACUUUCCUUCGUUCCAACAAACGAAACUUGAGGAAGGCAGUCGCAGAGCAAAGUUCCCGACUCGGAACUUGGGCUUUUGAGUUGAUAUGGCUGUGGUAGAAUCACCACUAUGUACUUGUAAUUAAAUAUUCAAGUUGCUGGAUCUGCAGUGUACAACUUGUUUGAAAUG